AAGCCGGGUCCACACUGAACAAAUGUUUGACAAACAUGUUUGUUCAAACAGUUUGGCCAAAUUUUAUUAUGUUUGACAAACAAUGUUUGCCCGUGGCCAGUGUGGACGCGUCAAGAAACAAAAUAUUUCCAGGUAGGGGAGAACAGUGCCGCCAUCUUUGUUUGGACUCGAUGUUUGCUCUCAGAGCGACAACUGGCAAACUGUGUGUCGUCAGUCUAUGCGAGUUCCUAGUCAGAAACAGGUCUAUUGUGGUGUUUUCUGUUAGUGAGUGGCUGCUCUUUGUGUUUCCUAUUCGAUUGGUAAGUGAAGAACAAUGAGUAAGGACUUUUGGACACAAGAUAAUGUAAUUUCGUUAAUACAGCUGUACGAAUCGCAUAGGUUACUUUGGGACACUAACGAACCAAACUAUAAAAACAAAUACAAGAGGAAAGAUUCCUACUCUAGUAUAGCUAAAGAGUUAGGUGUAAACAAUACCGAAGAAGUUAAGAAAAAAAUUGAAAGCCUUUUAGUGCAAUUUAGAAGAGAGAAAAAGGCAGUAAUACCAAAGUCAGGAAUGGGAACUGCCAACAAGAAAAAGGCUUGGUGGGGUUUACAAUUUUUUCAGUUUUUAAGUGACAAAAAUGUACCUAGACAAACAGUGUCAAGCAAGACACAGGAUGAAGUUUCUGAAGAUCUAUUGAGUGAAAAUGAAGAUUUACUUUCAUCUGCUGGCCCUUCAAGAACCAGCACACCUUUUUCGUCUGCUAGUCUUUUUAGUGGCACUUCGAAUAGUAGUGUCAGUAGUAAGCCUGUUGCCAAACGAGGAAAUAAAAGAAAACUAGUUGAUGAAGCAUUUAAUAUCAUAACAACUUGUUUCAACGAAAUGCAGCAAGAGCCAAAACCAACGAAAGAUGAGCAUACAGUUUACGGGGAGUGCGUUGCCAACCGAAUAAGAAAAAUAAAAAACCCCAUGAGACUCUGCAUUGUUAAAAACAAGAUAGACAAUAUACUUUUUGAAGCUGAAAUGGAAGAGUACAAGGACGUUUCUGAAAAACCUGAACAAAACAAAACAUCUGAACAACCAGGAACUUUUGAGAAACCAGUGGAAGAGGAAGACAUCGGAAAUAUUUCUUCAUUGAUAGCCUCAUCAAUGAAUACAGUUUCUGGAUACUUUGAGGACUUAUAA